CGCCAACCCGCCCUUCAACAUCCGCCUUUUGUAAAUACUUGACAAUUGACAUCACUAAAACCAAGUGGUGUUUACCUCCUCCUACGAGACAACAAUGUUUUCGAGAUCAAUUCUCUCAUCUGCCUUCCGGCAAGCUUCGCGGCCCAUCCGGCCGGUGGCGUCCAAGUCCGCCAUCCCGCACUUCACCAGACUCACGCCCUUGAACGUUCGGUUCCUGUCGCAGGAGACCCGCUCGGCGAUUGACAAGGCCGUUGCUUCCGCCCCUGUCGUGCUCUUCAUGAAGGGUACUCCGGAGAUGCCUCAGUGCGGCUUCUCGCGCGCUAGCAUCCAGAUCUUGGGUCUGCAGGGCGUGGACCCGCAAAAGUUCACCGCCUUCAACGUUCUUGAGGAUGACGAAUUGCGAACGGGCAUCAAGGAAUACUCCGAAUGGCCAACGAUACCCCAGCUCUACGUGGACAAGGAAUUCAUCGGCGGCUGCGACAUUCUCAUGUCGAUGCACCAGAACGGAGAACUCGCAAAGUUGCUCGAGGAGAAGCACGUCUUGGUACCUGCUGAGGGCCAAAUCGAGCAGUAGAGUGGUUCUGACCCAUAAAACAUCCUCAAGCCUUUAAAAACAUAAUCCGUUCUAUACCUCAGCGCUAUGUAACAUAGGGGAACUGCUUUGUAACGAAAUUUCUCUUCUUUUUCUUUUCCCUGCUCUCUCCGGUUCGUAUAUGAGCGCUUUAUGACACCGCGUUUCAUGUACAGUACUGUACUCCGCAGAGUUAAAUUUUUUGUAAAGCUAUCCUUAUGUGUUUGCAGCAAUUAGCUCGUACUGGAUUGGAAUUGACCUUUUUCUUUUCUUUUCCAAAAUUGCGCGCAUAUUUAGAAUAUAUUGCCCU